CACACACACACACACAGUUCUUUCCACUGCAACCCUGACUCUUAAUUUGUCUGUCUUUUUCCCUCCUAUCAUCUGUCAUUCGCUGAUCACCUACUGUACCUUCUCUUCUCUUCUCUUCUCUUCUUUUCUCUUCUCUUCUCUUCUCUUCUCUUCUCUUCUCUUCUCUUCUCUUCUCUUCUCUUCUCUUCUCUUCUCUUCUCUUCUCUUCUCUUCUCUUCUCUUCUCUUCUCUACCUCCACCAUCAUUUCCUGCUCUUCAUCCAUCCAUACUGGUAAUUCCUUCCUCAUUUGAGUACAAGGAACAGUUUUGUACCCCCUUCUGAUAAGCUGGGUUCAGAGAGAGAGAGAGAGAGAGAGAGAGAGAGAGAGAGAGAGAGAGAGAGAGAGAGAGAGAGAGAGAGACAGGGUGGUGGGCAUGUUGAAACCUGUUCACAGCCAGAGCUGCUGCAGACUGGACCCCCUCUCAACCACCACCACCACAACAACAACAGCAACAACCACUGAACCCCACAACACAAAGCUUUAGAGAGACCUCUUCGCACCAGUUUGGCCUCGUGGUGCCACCAGAACAUCAGAGCCGUAAGCCCCAUCAGCUUUGAUGGAGGAGGCGGAGGCACCAAAGAACAGAGGAGGAGGAGGAGGAGGAGGAGGAGGAGGAGGAGGAGGAGAGGCCACCAACACCAGAGGAGGACCUCUGGAUGUCCCAUCUGAAGAUGUGGUGGUGGAGGUAGCCAAUCAGCUGGGGGACACCACCACCUCCACCAUCACCACCACCACCGCCGCCACCGCGGACAGCAAGUUGCCAAACCACCAGAGGAAAAACAUCCGCGUGGUGGCCAAGCCUCUUGCCACCACCACCAAUCACAACGGCAGAGACGAGGCCAAGUCCCGCCCUGGUCUACAGGGAUUGGACGGCGUGGUGUCCAAGAGGGUGGUGUUUGAGAAGUGGGCGGCGGUGUCUCAGAGUGGCGGCAGCAGCAGCAGUGGCGGCGAAGAGCGGCCGAGUACCAAGCGGCAGCUGUCGGCCGAGAGCGUGGCCAAGUGCGUGAGCCUCAGCAAGAGGCGGGAACCGGGGACCGUGCCACCUCCCGCGGCCGUGGCAACAGUGGCAGUGGCACACGCGGACACACACGCGGAGGGCAGCAGUAGCAACAAAAACAACACACACACUCCCUCCUCCUCCUCCUCCUCCUCCUCCUCCUCCUCCGUCUCCUCCUCUUACUCCUCCUCCAAAGUGGGCAGCAACAGUGGAGGCAUAGGGAGCCCUGCUGCCAGGGCAGGGAAACCCCUCGCGGGUCUGCUUGCCCAGCAGCAGCCGCAGCAGCGGGGCAGCAGGAGGAGGAUGACUCGCAAACAGCUGUUCAAAUGCACAGAUGUGUUCCGGCGGGUGGACACGCACGCCAUCAGUGCCGGACAGGAGCUCCGCGAGAAGAGUGUGUUUUCUGCAUCCACCAUUGCACAGAGUGUGACCCAAGAGGCCCGGACAGAGUUGGAAAAACUGCGAGCUAUCUGGGUGUGGCUGUGUAACAACAUUGUGUAUGAUCUGGAGGGUUAUUUGGGUGAGAGUCCAAAGCUGUGUUCCCCUGAUGAGGUCAUCAAAGAGGGACGCGGAGUCUGCUGUGGAUACUCCAGCGUUUGCCUGGAGAUGUGCCGAGAGGUGGGCAUCAAGUGCCAGGAGGUGAGUGGCUACAGCAAGGGCAUCGGCUACCAGUCUGGCGGGCUGCAGCGCGGGGCAGAGUUGGGGGCGGAGUCGGAGUCGGACCAUAUGUGGAACGGGGUGUGGCUGGAGGGCCAGUGGUGGCUGCUGGACGCCUGCUGGGGGGCCGGGAGAGUGGACAUGAGGACCAGGAGCUUCAUUAGGAACUACGAUGACUUCUACUUCCUGACGGAGCCCAGCGAGUUCAUUGACACGCAUUUCCCCGACCAAUCAGAAUGGCAACUGCUGGACACGCCCAUCGACUGGGAGGAGUUUGCGAAGAGGGCCGUUACAUCAUCAGCCUUCUACAGCCUGGGCUUAAAACUCAAGCAGCACCACAGAGUGACCACGGAUGAUGGCCAGGCGAAGGUGUGCAUGAGCUUCCCUCGGCCCAUGAGUGUCACCUACGAGCUGAUUCUCCACCACGCCCUCCAGGCGGCCGACACACCCCCACCCCACACCCCCAUGCAGACGCAGUCAGACGCCCCGACCACCCUCCAGGACAGACCUCCACCUCGGCUCCUCCAGAGGGCCGACUCCUGCAACUCCUCAGCCCGGCUCAGCGUCACCUCCCUGGGCAUGACCUUGCAGCUCAGUCCCCCAGCGGUGGGCUCCUACGACCUGCAGUUGUUCGCCCGUCCCCUGUCCGAGGAGGUGCAGCACGUCUGGGUGUGCACCAUGGAGGUGGUGUGCCCGCUGGUGGCCGAGAGAGAGGAGAUCCCGCUCAACCCCUUCGUGAGCUGGGGGCUGAGCGCGGGCACCAAGGAGCUGGGGGUGGAGAGUUCUAAUACAGGAAGUGAUGUCAUAGAGGUGGGGGAGGGCGGCGAGUACGCGUUGACCGUCAAGACGUCACGGCCGCUCAUGAUGCUGUGCGAGUUGGCCCACAUCUCCCUCGAGCCCGCCCUGGCCAAGCGUUGCCUAGCGAUGCAGAUCGGCCCCGCCCAGCUGGCGUGUCACGUGAUCUGUCCGCUGCGCGGCUUCUACAGGCUGUCGGUGUUCGUGCGGGACUACAGCGCCGCCGACGGGAACUUGCAGAACGCGGGCAAUUUCCUACUGCAUUGCCGUAACACCAACACCGGCCCUGUGGACAGCCUGUUCCCCCCUAACCUCAGCCCGUGGUGCGGUCCGGGCACACGGACGGAGCAGGCCGGGCUGUCUCAAUUCAGCCACGCGGGGCCCGUGGUCAGCCUGCCUCAGGGGCGCUGCAACAUCAGCUUCCACAAGAACUGCCCCGACCUUCAGGUGCACGCGGGCCUCAGCGCGGAGCCGCACCAGGAGGCUGCCCAGGGCCUCAGCACGGAGCUGCGCGAGGAGGCCCCCUUCCCUCUGUCUCGCCACCUCCUCCUCACCCAGAUGGACGGGAAGGUGACGGUGAGUGUGUGCGUGCCGUGGUCGGGCGUCUACCGCUUGUCCCUGUACGGGCGCCAGCCCCCGCAGCAGGACUACUCUCCCCUGUGCGAGUACGUGCUGAGGAGCGCGUGCCAGGAGCGGGGCGAGCCCUUCCCCUGCGUCUACGCGGCAUGGGGCCGCGGCUGUGUGCUGCUGGAGCCCCGAGGCGGAGUGUUGCUCGCCGGACAGCAGGUCACGUUCCGGGUGCGCGUGCCCGGGGCCAGGAGCGUGUGCGUGAUCGGCGGCGACAAGCACACGGAGCUGAAGAUGAACAAGAGUCGCGUGUGGGAGGGCCAAGCGGUCGCCGGUCACGGGGGUGACGUUAAACUUGCCGCUGCAACGGCCGAGGCGGACAACAUGGCUAUCCUGAUGACCUGGGACGUUCGCAGCCUCCCUAAUGAGCUCUGAGCUUUAACCCUUUGAGGUGUGCAACCAUGCAUGAUUAGAACAUAAAAAAAAUCUGAGUUCUCAUUAUGAUGUCACAAUACCCUGAGAGAUUUUUUACACAAAUGUCUAUGGGAGCAGUAGAAUGUACGUGUAAAAUUCUAGAAGGACGGGGGGGUGGGUAAUUGUUACUCCUCAAAGUUAAAGAGCCUCUGAAGGUCAUAGUGUGAUGCCAUGGAGACUUUGCAAGCAAUCUAAGCUACAAAAUACUACCUACAGUACAUACAAAUGCCUCAACCUCGCCAAGGAUUCUUCCCAGAACUGGAAAUGACAGAAGCAUGAAACCCAGUGUUUAAAGAUGGCACUAUAAUGACUACAUGCUGUUAGAAGGCUGCUUCUCUCGGAACCUCUCUGACUAUAAUUAGGACCAUCAAAACAAUUCUUAAAAAGUUCUCAUUUUUCUCAAGUGUUAUUUUCUCUGCCAAUCUCAAACUGGACGAUAAGGCUUGUUUGUAUUUUGUUUGUAUGUUCCUGUUUUUUUUUCUCUCCUGCUAAUCUCAAACUGGAUGAUAAUGCGUGUUUGUAUUUUGUUUGUAUUUUCCUGUUUUUUUCCCCUGCUGAUCUCAAACUGGAUGUUAAUGGUGCUGUCAACAUGGACUCCCAGAAACCUCUCAACACGGUGCUGACUGAGCCUGCUUUCAACAGGAGUCAGGACACGAAACCCCAUAGAUUCCUCUGUCUGUCUGUCUGUGUCCGUUUUAUUUCCAGCUCACCGUCUAUGAUGGAAAGACUCCACAGUCCCAUGAGUCCCUCCGUGUGGUGGUGGUGGUGCUGAGAGUUGCCUGCUUGUUGCCUUGAAACUGCCCCCAGGGUUGCCAGAUGAGGCUGAUUAUUUCCAGCCCCAAAAUGCUCAAAAUACCGCCUAGAAGCACUAAAUCCUGCCCCAAUUCUAUUGAUUUCUAUGGCCAAAAAAUUGCCAUUUUUCCUGCUAAAUGCCAUUUUUACCCCCCAUCCCCAAGCAAAAAUGCCCAAUCUGGCAACACUGACUAGCCCCUGCUGUGAGUGGGUGUGUGUGACAUGUCAUUUGGGUUUAAUGGCAUUACCGUGAAGAAGGGGGGGGAAAUGCCUGCUUGCUUGUGAUAUUAACCGCAAAGUGUGACCACCAAAUGUCAUUAAGAUCUAUAACGCCGCUACGUACUGAGACACACAAUGGAGUCGUUUCUACAAUAACACACUAUUCAAUUAAAACACGGCUCCUGGUCUGGUCUGGGGCAGACAGUGACUCCUAGCUCGUUGUCGGCCAAUGGGGAGGCCUGUUUACAUGCCAGUGUCAUGGCAAUCGCCGGCUACAAAAAUAGACCCCAUUCUUCGAGGUCGGAGUGCUGUAAAAAUAAACAAUAGGCCAAAACUUUGUGUGUUCGUUUGUGCGUGUGUGUGUGAGAGUGGACAUAGGGACUCUGGGGACAAAAUGAUGUCAGAUAUAAGCAAUGCCCUUUAUUGUGAGUGUGUGUGUGUGUGUGUGUGUGUGGUAGGCCUAACUCUGUCUAUGGUCACCUGUGCUCUGUCUGUAGUGUAAUUUAAGGGGUAGGGCUGAACUGUACUAUAUGUUUGUGUGCUAUGUUGCUGUGUACUUAAAGUCCUGCCUAAGUCUGUGGAGUUCAUCUGUGUUUCCUACCCAUCAUUAUGUGCUGUGGCACAUGGGGAACCCUGGCAUGGGAACCCAUUUGUUAGUCGCACACAUGAUUAAAACCUUAAUUGUCCACUGUUCUUUUAUUUUUCUUAUAUAAUAUGCUGAUAGAAAAAUGAAGUGGUUGUAUUUACUAUAGAUGGUGUGUGUAUUUAGAUGAUGUGCGUGUGUGUUUGUAUGUACAUUUCCUGUUGUGAUAAGUGUGGGGCUUAAAUAAUGUAAGAGGUGUUUGUGAUAGGAUUGUGUAUACAUGAGGGUGCUUAAUCUGUUUAGGCUGACUGACAGUGUGUCUACUGGCAGCAUGUUAUGUGACAGUAUGUGCAUGUGCCUUUUGUAUGUGGUACACAGGCAUGUGCGUGAGGGUCAGGAAGGGGAUGUAUACACAACUGAAUUCCACGCAUACCCCUCGCACCCUCAGACAUUCUGGUUUCCCUCAGACACACACACACACAAACAUCAAACAGUCAGCUUUCUCUCUCAGGCGAAUAAUACGCUAACCAUGUCCUGGGUUUACACUUUGUAGGCCUAUAUUUUAUUUUAGCAAUCCUUUGUUUUAGCAGGGCAGUCACAUUGCAAUUCUUUAGUCUCUUUUGCAAAUGACCCCUGGUCAAGCAAGGAAGGAUUUAAGUAACAGGACACACACACACACACAAACUAUCGAAAAUUGCUGCCUCACCCACUCUAAAACUAGCAGUAAUCCCCUCUUACACACAGCUGUGCUGAGAAAAAAAAACCUUUGUAGUGAUGCAGCUGUUUAACAGCCAAGAGGAUAAAGCUGGACACACACGCGCAUGCAUGCACACACAUACAAAGCUCCCUCUCCCACAACACAACUCCAUUAAAAUAUUAAAAACUGAGUCGGAUUCAUCAGGCAUAUAAAUAUUUAAUGGAUUUUUCUGAGGCUGGCCGAGACCACAGUUAAAUGAGAGUAUCAAAAAAAAAAAAAAGGAAAAAAAGCAUCAGU